AUGUUCAAGAUUCCUAACACUAAGUGCAGCAUCUGCAGUCCCCUUCCUUUUCUUCACAAGUAUUACCAACCAGGAGACCUCAUCGUUGCUGGUAUUAUGUCUCAGAUCUCCAUAUUUUUCAACGCAAUAGACUUCGAUAAAUGUCCUUCUAAUGACCUCUUUGAUGACAUUGUGGUUAUGACACAGCUCUACCAACAUAUCCUGGCAUUAGUAUUUGCUGUAAAGGAGAUCAAUGCAAACCUCCAAAUCUUACCCAACCUCACCCUGGGCUUCCACAUCUAUAACAGCCAUUUCAGUGCCACCUGGACCUAUCGUUCCUCCUUGGAACUCCUCUCUACAUACAGCAGAUUCAUCCCCAACUACAAGUGUGACUCCCAGAAUGAACUAGCAGCAGUCAUUGGAGGUCCGAACUCUGAGCUCAUCUAUGGUCCUGCUCCAAUGAGAAAUAAUAAAAAUGAAGUUGCUUUCCUUAACCAAAUGUUUCCAAGUAUAGACCAUCAAUAUGAAGGGAUUCUCAUGUUACUGCUACACUUCAGAUGGCUAUGGACUGGUGUAUUGAUUGCGGAUAAUGAGAAUGGAGAGAGGUUUCUACAGAGCGUGGUUCCAAAAUUUAUUCUGAGAGGAAUCUGCUUUGAUUUCAUAGGAAGAUUUCCAACAAUGACUUAUACUAAUGGUAUUACGGACGUAGUUGCAGAUGGGCUCAAGACAUUUAAUGUUGCCAUGAGAAGUACUGUUAAUGUGUUGAUCAUUCAUGGAGAAAUUGAUUCCAUGACACUCUUAAGAAUGUUUCCUGCUAUGUCAGAAUAUGAAGAUAUACCAAUAAAGGCUAAAGGCAAAGUUUGGGUCAUGACAGUUCAGAUGGAUUUCACAUCACUUCCCUAUCAGAGAGAUCAGGACAUAGACUUCCUCCAUGGUACUCUAUCCUUCACAAUUCACUCAGAGGAGGUCUUGGGAUUCCAGGAAUUUAUUCAGAUGAGAAAUCCCAUCUUGGAAAAAGAAGAUGGCUUUAUGAGGAUAUACUGGGAAAAGCUCAACCACUUUGUUAAAAGCAUCUCAUUUAAUAAUAGUGGUGGGGGGAAAGUUUCCUUCAACCAAAAUGGAGAGUUAGAGUCUGGAUUUGAUAUUAUAAACUGGGUCACAUUUCCAAACCAGUCCUUUCGGAGAGUGAAAGUUGGAAGGAUCGACCCCAUGGCUCCCAAAGAAGAAGUGUUCAGAAUUUGUGAAGAAGCCAUUGUGUGGCCCAGCAGGUUUAACCAGGCCCAGCCUCUUUCUCUUUGUAAUGCCAAUUGUCCUUUGGGUUAUCAAAAAACAAAGAAGGAAGGGAAACCAUUUUGCUGCUAUGAUUGCAUAUUAUGUCCAGAAGGGAAGAUUUCCAACCAGACAGACAUGGAUGAAUGCUUUCAUUGCUCACCGGAUCAUUACCCAAAUGUGGAAAAGGAUUCAUGCGUGCCAAAGGUCAUCCAUUUCUUGUCUUAUGGGGAACCCCUGGGGAUCUCUUUGGCCUGCUUUGCUGCUUCCUUGUCCUUCCUUACAGCUUUGGUGCUUUGGAUUUUCAUUAGGCACCGGGACACUCCCAUCGUCAAAGCCAACAACCGCAACCUCUCCUACACUCUCCUCAUCUCCCUCUUGCUUGCUUUCCUUUGUGCUCUUCUAUUCAUCGGUCGACCUAAGAAAGUGACGUGUCUCCUUCGACAAACAGCUUUUGCCAUCAUCUUUUCAGUGGCAGUUUCUUGUGUGUUGACAAAGACAAUCAUUGUGGUCCUUGCUUUCAUGGUCACCAAACCAGGGUCCAGCAUGAGGAAAUGGGUGGGGAAACAACAGGCCACUUCCAUUAUUCUUUCCUGUUCCUUGAUUCAAGCUGCUCUUUGUACUGUGUGGCUGGCAACCUCUCCCCCAUUUCCAGCUUUAGACAUGCAUUCAAUGAGUAAAGAAAUUGUUCUGGAAUGUAACGAAGGUUCAGUCACCAUGUUCUACUGUGUCUUGGGGUUUAUGGGCUUGCUGGCCAUUGUCAGCUUCUCUGUAGCCUUCCUAGCCAGGAAGUUACCCGACAGCUUUAAUGAAGCCAAGUUUAUCAGCUUCAGUAUGUUGGUAUUUUGCAGUGUGUGGCUGUCCUUUGUUCCAACUUAUUUAAGCACAAAAGGAAAAUAUAUGGUGGCUGUGGAGAUUUUCUCCAUCUUAUCCUCCAGUGCUGGUUUACUAGGCUGUAUAUUUUCACCAAAAUGUUAUAUUAUUGUGAUGAAGCCAGAGCUGAACAACAAGGACCAGUUAAGAAGACGAAAUCAGUGA